ACUUGGUAUCAUCUGUUUAAUUCGAACAGUCGACUGCCAAGCGUCACACUUGAAACAUCUACAUACCAAGCAAAUACAAGUUGUAAAAACAGUCCGUUGGAAGACGAAAAAGUAAGAUCGUCAGAAACGUAUUUUAUGGACUGUAAGGUGGAUUUAGAAAUACGUAAUAAAUCAUUUUGUAAGUGAUUACCAUUGCCACUGUGAAAAUAUAUAACAUUACUUUAAACCGAAUGCGAUAAAUUGAUGAAUGCAGGUGAAACGCUAUCGAAAGAAUUUCGCUAUCGAACGUAGACAUUUUUGCACAAGGAUGACUGUGAUUUUUGAGCAAUGGGUGAAUUACUGGACCAUUGGACUUUUGACGGUGAUUAUUGUAAUCGUAUACGUUUACGUGAAACGACAUCACAGUUACUUCCAAAAAAUGGGAAUUCCAUAUAUUGAGUCACAUAUUCUCGUAGGAAAUCGUGGACCCGUAGUUUUCAAACAGAGAUCACUUUUCGAUCAUUCUCAGGUGCUCUACAAUUCCAUACCAGACGCAAAGUACGUUGGCAUAUAUGAUUUUGCUAUACCAGCAAUUCUGAUACGGGACGUCGAACUCAUUAAGGAUAUCGGUGUUAGACAUUCUGAAAAUUUUUUGAAUCACAAAAUCCUCUCCGAUCCGCAACUGGAUCCGCUGUUUGCAAACAAUCUCUUCAAUUUACAAAACGACAAAUGGCGAAAAAUGCGAGCUCUGCUGACUCCAGCUUUCACAUCGAGCAAAAUGAAGAUGAUGUUUGAUAUGAUAACGAAGUGCGCUACAGAUUUUGCGGAUUUUAUAGAAAAACAAUCUCCCAUUGUUGUGGACGUGAAGGAUGGCUUUGCAAGAUACACAAACGACGUGAUCGCCGGUGCAGCUUUUGGAAUUACCGUGAAUUCUAUGAAGGAGCGAAAUAAUGAAUUCUACUUAAUGGGCAAAGAGGCGACUACUAGUGGGUUUGUAGAAUUAAUGAAAAUGAUCCUCUAUCAAGCUUCUCCGACAUUAGCGAAAAAGUUGAAGGCUAACGUGGUCAGUCACCGGGCAGUCAAUUACUUCUGUAACAUUAUCGAAUCGACCAUUGCAACGAGGAAAACUCAAGGGAUUCAAAAAUCUGACAUGAUUCAACUUCUAAUGGAGGCGAAAGAUUCUGGAGAUAAGUUGGAUUUGACUAUCGAAGAUAUAACAGCGCAAGCAUUCAUAUUUUUCUUCGCGGGUUUCGAUACGUCAUCCUCAACUAUGAGCUUUGCUGCUUAUUCGCUGGCUACUAAUCCGGAAAUUCAAAAAAAGGUUCAAGCGGAGGUCGAUGAUAUUCUUAAGAAAUGUAAUGGCAAAGUGACGUACGAACAUCUCAAAGAAAUGAAAUAUCUCGAAGCAGUUGUCAGCGAAACUCUAAGACUGUACCCGGCAGCCGCCGAAAUAGAUCGAGUUUGCAGUAAAACAUUCGAACUUCCUCCAGCUAGACCAGCUGCAAGAUCCGUUACUGUGAAACCUGGCACCGUUAUAUUAUUUCCCGUGUAUGCAAUUCAUCGCGACCCUCAAUAUCAUCCCAAUCCCGACAAAUUUGAUCCUGACAGAUUCUUGAAUGAGAAUGAGAAGUUCAACCCGUUAGCAUAUUUUCCUUUUGGCGUUGGACCGAGAUCCUGUAUUGGCACUAGAUUUGCUCUAAUGGAAGUUAAAUUAGUUCUCUUUUAUCUACUGAUGCAGUGUAACUUUGAACCAUGCGAAAAAACAACUAUUCCUAUGAAAUUCAGUACUGCAAAUUUCCUCCCAAGACCUUUAAAUGGUCAUUGGUUGAAAAUUGUACCAAGAAAGGGAAUAAAGCGUUUGAAACACAUUCACGCAAGAAUGUCUUCGAUAAUUUUGGAAUUGAUGAAUUCGUGGGUUUUUAUAAUAGCGGCAAUAGCCGCAUUAUAUGUCUACAUGAACAGGCAGGGCAAUUAUUUCAAAAAAUUGGGAAUUCCUUACUUGAAAUCGUAUAUGUUAGUGGGAAAUCGUGGACCAGUAAUCUUUAGACAGAGAUCGUCCAUAGAACACGAACAGGCGCUUUACAAUUCUAUGCCAGACGCCAAAUAUUUUGGCAUGUACGAUUAUUCUUCGCCGGCAAUCAUGGUUCGUGAUAUCGAGCUGAUCAGAGAGAUCGGCAGUAAGCACUUUGACAAUUUUGUGGAUCAUAAAAGUAUGUUCGAUCCGGAGCUCGAUUCUCUGUUAUCAAACACUGUCUUUUUCUUACGGGAGGACAAAUGGCGACGAAUGCGAUCUCUUCUAAGUCCGGCAUUUACGUCAAGCAAAAUAAAGACAAUGUUUGGGUUGAUAUCGAAUUGCGCAACAAAUUUGGCAGAUUUUGUGGUGAAACAACAAGAACCGAUUAUUUUGGACAUGAAGGACCUUUUCUCAAGAUGCACGAACGACGUGAUCGCCAGCACCGCUUUUGGGAUUAAUUUGAAUUCAAUGGUGGAUCGCCAAAAUGAAUUUUAUAAAAUGGGUAGAGAAGUGACGGAUUUUGGAUUUUUACGAUCGUCAAAAAUAUUUUGUAUGCAAAUGUGGCCGAAAUUGGCGAGGAAAUUGAAGGCUAGUUUACUUACCGAUCGAAUGGUUGAUUUUUUCCAUCAAAUUAUUGCUACAACCGUUGCUACGAGAAGAGCACAAGGAAUUCAAAGACCCGACUUGAUUCAUCUUCUUAUGCAGGCCAGCGAAUCUGAAACAUCUUCAAAAUUGACUGUUGAUGACAUGACUGCACAAGCAUAUAUAUUUUUCUUCGCCGGUUUUGAUACGUCAUCUACAACCAUGUCUUUUGCUGCUUAUUCGCUUGCUGCUAAUCCUGACGUUCAAGAAAAACUUCAAACAGAAAUUGACGAAGCUCUCGAAAAAUGCAAUGGCGAAGUUACGUAUGACUAUCUGAAAGAAAUGAAAUAUCUUGAUGCAGUUAUCAGUGAAACCUUGAGGAUGUAUCCACCAGUGACAGAACUAGACCGAUUGUGCACAAAACCAUUUGAGCUUCCUCCAGCUAAAGAAGGUGGGAAACCCGUAUUUGUGAAACGUGGUACCUGUUUCUUAAUUCCAGUUAACGGAAUUCAUCGAGAUCCCAAAUUCUUUCCCAAUCCAGAUAAAUUUGAUCCUGAAAGAUUUUUGAAUGAAAAGGAAAAGAUCAAUUCUUCAGCAUAUAUACCAUUUGGAGUCGGACCAAGAACGUGUAUUGGCGCUAGAUUUGCCAUGAUAGAAUUAAAAUUGGUUCUUUUUCACCUAUUAAAAAUGUGUAAUUUGAAGCCAUGUGCAAAAACAUGCAUACCGAUGAAAUUCUGUACCAAAACCUUUAUGCCAGCACCUGCAACUGGUCAUUGGUUGCAAAUCGAAAGAAGAAAAUGAAUAAAAAAUUUUACUGGGCAGUUAUACAGUAUCAAAAUGAAGAAAGGAACUUGAUUGCAAUGCAUAAAAAAUAAGAAACAUUAAGAUUCUUGUUCUUAUCUAUAGUGUUUGUCGAGAGCUAUUGAUAUGUAAUAACAGAGAACUUAAAUUAUUGAUUAUAUCACAAUGAUACUUAUAACACUA